UGCUGCAGCAGCACUUGGUCCACUAAACCCGCGCCCCUAGAGGUAGAAAGGAAUUUACAAGGUGGAUUGAGCGCAAAAACUGUAUUGCGCAGCCAAAGAACAUAGAGGGCGGAUUCUAAAAAGGUUCUUCUACCGUCCUAUUGGUUCUUGAGGAUUUCCUUGUGCUCUGGGUCUAGGCACAUUGUUUGAGAUACGUAAAAGAAAAACGAACGCAACAUUUUGUAAUAAGACGGUUUAAUUAAAAAAUUAGAGUAUAUUGUGUGUCACGAGGAUAUUGACUACUUCCCAAAACAUCGUGGAACCAGAUCGAGGGGAACAACAGUCGACGGCGCAGCAUCACAGUGGUGAGGUUCUGCCUGAAGUUCAUGUGUAGAUAACUUGGAACGCAACUUGGAUCCUGUACGCAUACCACAGAUAAAGUGCUUUUUGGGGGCUUGAUGUAACUCAACCAACAGCUUGGAACCAGUGCUCACAUGCUACAGCAUUCGAAUGGGUCAAUGAAGAUGGAGGUGACAUAAGCAUUUGGAGGUCGAGUAUGGCUCAUGGAUGGAAUUAUUUUCUUCAGUCUCAAUCAUCACACUCAAGGACCUUGAGGGUGCCUUUGGAUUCAGAGGAACAUUUGGCACACUUGGAGACCUUCAUUGAAAAUCAAGACCUAACCAAUCUAGUGGAAUCGAAAGAGGCGUCGUCUUCAGAGUCGGACUUAAACUCAAACUUCAAUGGCUGUCAAUUGCGUGAUGAAGGGCAACAACCAGGUCAGGAAAAACGGUUGAGGUGUGGAGACGGCGCUUUUUCAAAUACUGUCACUGGUACAGUAGCCCACUCAAAAGGUUUACCAUCAUCAUUAGAAGCAGAUCUGCAUGAUGUUAUCCAUGAUUGUGAUAUGUUAAAUCCAUCUCUUAUUGAGGGCUACUCAGUGGUUGGUACUUGCACAGAAUCAAUUGUUGGCAACAUGAAGCCUAACUGUAAAGAGUUGUAUGAGGAUUCAAAUCUACAAUCUGUAACCCAAGGACAUGACAGCAUUACGAAUGUCCCCUCCAGUGAGGGUUUCUGUCCAGAUGAAAGCUCAGAGAGUCGAUCAGGAUGGGCAGAAAAACAUACUACCCCAGAGAGUGAGCAAAAAGUAAAAUGGAAGGAUGCACAGAAAAGGAUGGAAGUGAAAGAUGCUGAUAAGCCCCCUGCUGUUUCACCAAGUGCGUACAAAUUGGAGUGCCAAACAAAAGACUCUAUGAAUGAAAAGAAACGGGAAGAGGGUUGUUUUGAGGAAAGAGAGGAGUUGUGUUUGACUGAUGAACUUUCAGACUUCUCAGCAGCUGCAUCAGCAUCCCCAAGGGUCUUAGAGUGUGAUAGAAAAGAUGAUGAGUCUAACACUUCACAGGACUCUGAACGGGAAUGCAAAGACAGUGUGCUACAUGGCAACUUCCCACCUGGUGCCACUGAAAAACUGGAUGAGGGUACCCAAGAAAGGGGGCAGCAGCAAGAGAUUAAAAUGGAAAAGAACAUGACAGCAGAACAAGUUUAUGAUACAAUUUCUAAAACCUCUGUAAGCCAGUCUGUCUUCUGUAGGAGAGAAGUGGAUGUUGUGGAUGAUAAAGAGGAAUGGGUACAGACUGAGGAGCAAUUAUCAACAAGACAAGAAGAUACAUGCCAGGACAUAUCUAGGAGUGCCCCAGAGAGCUUGGCCACAUUUGAAAAUGAGGCUGAAGACCAUUCUAAUGGAAAUAUGUUGGUGAAUGAAAAAGAGGCAUGGAGAAAGCAAGGGGAUCAAUCUGCAACUGUCAGCUACAGUGACCACAGUAAAGAGGUUUUGGAAAAGGAAGUUAUGCCAUCAUCAACCCAAGGCCCUGAUUUGCAAGAUGGCAACAUCUCAGAUUACCAAGAUUCAGAUAAAAAACUAAAUGACUGUAACAUAGAUUUUCUAUCGCACUGUGUAGCCCUGUGCAACUCAGAACCCCAAUCCAAUCCAGUCGAUGACUGGAUCAGCCCUAUUAACGAAACGGCUACUGUCGCAGUUUUUAAAGAAGACCAGACAUCACAAGAUCCCCACAUGCAGCCACCUCAUCUUUUCAGAGAUGGUAUAGAAAAUGCUUUUCUAGAAAAAGAUCAUGACCAAGAACCUCCUUUUUUGAAUGUAUGCUAUGGUGAACCGUUGUCAAGACAUGAUUCUAUCAGAGAAAUUGAGAGCAAAUGUGAAGCAUUUUCUGAAUCUAACCAUCAGGUUGGAGGGGAUCAUACAGUUGUAAACAAGACGGAAGGAGAGUACACAAAGGAUGUUGAGGACCCAGCACCUCAAAUAAAAACCUUACAGGGCAUCUCAAAAUAUUUGCAACCUGUUGUCCUGCUAAAGUCUUUGAAACCAAGUAAAAACUGUGAUGUGGAUGAAUUUCUCUGUGCCAAGUGCAAACAUGCUGAACUAAAGGUGGAUCAUAUAAUUGAACACCACUAUUGUAACCACUCCCAACACAAGUUGCAGUUUUGUGCGUCCUGUAAUACCUACUUGACAAAUACUGACCUUGCAAAAGAACAUUUGUGUGUUAUUGCUGAUGAAACCCAACCCAUUUCCUCAGAAUCUUCUCUACAGAGGCGAGCGUUGACCCUGCCUGGUGUUUACAAAUGUAGAUACUGCUUCAAAAUGUUUCCCUAUCUGAAAGAACUAAAUCAACAUGAGCAGACCCAUCGGCACCAAACACCAUUCAAAUGUGACAGAUGUGGCCAUUGCUUCUCUCAGAAAUGUGGUUUGAACAAACAUAAACAGUUUGUUAAGUGUCAGUCUUCAUGUUCAGAAAUACCUGUUAUGAAAUUGGCAAAAAGAAAUACAGUUGAAAAUACGAAAUUUGCAGAACCUCCAACAGAUAUUCCAACAGAAGAGACUUUUGGUAAUCUUACGGAUUGUUUUGUGAAGCUUGUGGAUGUUUACAAGACAAACUUCUGCAAUAUGUGUUUGAAAAGCUUCACAUCCAGAAUUAAGCUCAAGAAACACAAAUUGAAUGUUCACCGUAAAAAGUUGGCAACAUCAUUGACGCAUAUUGUAAAAUCCAGCACACAAGAGAAGGUUCCGAAAGGAACUGACCCAUGUGCAACAUUUAAAUGCCCCAUCUGUCCACGAAUGUUCAAAUAUUCCUACAACAGGGCCAGGCAUUUGCGCGAGCAGUGUAUUCGACAGUUCACAUUACAAAGCAAGGGGAGGGUUGGCAAGACAUUUCAAUGCCCAUUGUGCCAUGCAACUUUUCUUCAUUCAUCAAACAGAACCAAACACUUAAAGAUGAAAUGUCUGAAGGAAUAUAAUAGCAAGCAUUUACAGACAAAAUCUGAGCACAUCAAGAACGUCCAGCAGAAAGAAGAGAAAAGUGUGCCAUUGAUGACAUCCUAUCAAAAGAAGGUGUUUCAUUGCAAUCUAUGUCCUGCUACAUAUGCACAUUACUCCGGACUUUUCAGGCACAAAAAGAAACACGAGCUCUAUAAAAAUUCUGGGAAAGUUAUCAAUUAUCGGAAUUCCAAUCUUUCAAAAGAUACUGCUACUGAAGAUACUCCGCUUUUGAAGAAAGAAAGAGGUCUGCCCAUUUCCUGCCACAUAUGUGAAAAGACCUUCAUGACCUUGUUCUCUCUAAACAAGCAUUUGCAUGUGCACAGGAGUACGGAGAAGGAAAAGAACUUCCAACUAAAGCAAGAGUUUAAAAACCGCCACCAAAUAAAAUGCCCCUUAUGUGAUAAGGUAUUUCAAGAUGCCCACACACUGCUCCUUCACUGUUUAAAACAUUCCGCUGGGUCAAAAUCACAUCAGUGUCCAUUUUGCAAACGUCACUUCACACAACGGCAGUCAAUGCGUCGCCACAUGACAAUGCAUAUACUGGAGAAACCAUUUCCUUGUCAGAUUUGCAAGAAACGAUUUUACCGCAAAGAGUAUGCAAUGACUCAUCAAGAGAAGUGCUUGGGUCAUGCAGUAAAGUCUGCAGAUAUUGAGAGCAAGGAUGUUGUAGGCAAAUCUGCAGUCAUUGUGAGCAAAGUUACACCUCCCAAAGCGGUAGUUAAUGAGGGCAAAGAACUUAAAGUGCACCGGCAAACGAAGAAAAUGAAGUGUUUGUACUGCCCCAGAGUAUUUAACAGAUUUGGGCGCCUCACAGCACAUCACAAAAGCCACAAGUUGAACAUGUUAGUCCCCUGCACAAAAUGCAACCAGUUCUUCGGGAGAAACAAAUUCAAUACACAUGUUUGCCAACCUAUUUCAAAUGCUUGCAAGCGCUGUGGAAAAGCUUUUGCCCGAAACUGCAACAGGGUUUUCCAUGAAAAGACUUGUACCCAACUAAAUAGGAGCGGAACGGGAAGAGAGAAAUUACUGCUUAAAUGCCCCCAAUGUCCAAGAAGGUUUAGGUACAGAUGUUAUCUUUUGAGACAUCUUCCGUCACAUACUAGACGCCAAUAUGCAUGCAUGCACUGUGGUCAAACAUAUACCAACCAGUCUAGGUAUCUACAGCAUGAAGCUUUCUGUAAUGGUGCCAAACAAAUACAGUCUAGGUUUAUUCAUUUGAACACAAAUGCAGUACUUUCAAAAUCAGAUUCCAGUGAGGCAAAACAUCAGUCCCAAGCAGAUAUUGAGGGUCAAUACAAGUGCAAGUUUUGCACAAAAGCCUUUAUGAAAUCACGAAACUUAAGAAGGCACAUUCUGACACACACGGAAGUCAAGCCUUAUCGUUGUAAAGCCUGUGAUUGCUGUUUCUCCAGACAUGAUCAUCUUAAACGGCAUCAGAUGCACUGCAAAGGCAAAAGUCAACGAUUAGAAUUGUGCAUUGCCAAAGUCAGUCUUGAGGAUGUUGGACGAGGUUGGCAAAAUAAGCUGGAUGUGUUAAAAAAAGUAGAGCAGGACGUAUUCCAUUGUAGCUCAUGCUUAAAAUACUUCUCAAGCCAGUCAAAUUUACGUCGACAUGUGUCCAUGUCACAUGUUUCAGUGAAGCCGUUCCGCUGCAACCGCUGUGGCAAUUUCUACACUUUAGAGAAAAGUCUUAAAAAGCAUAGGAACAGAUGUUGCUCGAAAUCAACUCAAGCUGAAUUUUUACAGCAGAAUUUGGUCACAGAGAGUAUCCCAAAUAAUGAGUUAAAUCAAGCUCUAGAGAGUUUCCAACAGCCUCUGAAGAACAAGAGAAAAUAUGCUUGUAAAUACUGUCCCCGCACUUUAAAAUCUAGUGAGCAAUUGAAGGUACACACACGCUUGCACACUGGAGACAAGCCAUUUGGCUGUGCCAAUUGUGGAGAGAGAUUUAUUAGAAGGGAUUACUUAAAACGCCAUUUGGUCAAAUGCAACCUGAUAGGUGAGCAUCUCGAUACGCUUUGUGAAAGGUGUGGCGUUGUGUUUUCAACAGACACAAUUGAGAAUCAUCUAAAGGCCUGUACCAUCAGACCUUCAGAAAACAGACUCAACUCCUGUGAGACCAUAACGAAGAGUCCACCAAGCAGGGGUUUUCCAUGUGCUAAUUGCAACGCCCGCUUUCUGUUGUUCUCACAGCUCCAGCUUCACUUUCUAAACACACACAGAGAGGAGGCAAAUAUAAGCUCACCAAAGCAGGCUCUGCCUCUACAUCAGCAGUUAUCCAACGUGAUGAACAUAAAGGAGGAGCUUUUGGAUGAUGGAUAUAGCAAUUCUAACCCAAGUACAAAUGAUAAUCUUGCAUUAAAUGAAAAUGCAGAUUCGGAUAAUGAAGUGGAUAAACCUUUUUCAUGCACCCUGUGUCAGAUGCGCUUUGUACGGAAAGGUGGUUUGAGCAUGCACAUGAGUGCACAUUUAGGUAAUUACCCUUUUAACUGUAAGAGAUGCAUGAAAGGUUUUUGGAGCAAGAGCCAGUAUCGCAGGCAUGUCGCAAAAUGUAGACAUCCCGGGAGCAUAAUCAAAGAAGAGUGUAGCAUACAAUGUAACACUGAGGUCACUUCAGAGAUGGGUUCAACUGAAAAUGUCCUUGUCUUCAAUCAAGGUUCCAAAACAACAGGCACAGGGGUUUUGCAGACCAAUUUCUCAUGCAAAGAUGACUUAAAGGAAAAAACUCAAGGACUCUCAAGAAAUCCAAGGAAGGAAAGCUUAAUGGACAAGACAAAAGUUGUCCAGUACCAGUGCUCGGAAUGUGAUCUAAGUUUCACAGAUGGGUUACUUCUCAUUAGUCAUCUUGAGGACCAUGGCCGACAGGAGCAUGAGCAAAAACUUGCUAUCUGCCAGAAGUGUGGAAAGAAAUGUACCAGUUCCAAAAACUUAGAGAGACACAUGAAGGUACAUGAAGAUGAAAAAGAAUAUUCUUGUCCAGAAUGCCCAAUGAUAUUUCUCUAUACUUCUGAACUUGAUAUUCAUAGAAGCUAUCAUGACCCAAAUAGACCAUUUGCCUGCAAACAAUGUAACCAACGAUUUUGGACCACACAGUCUUUAGACAGGCAUGAACUUGAAGAGCAUUCAGAGAUACACACUUGCCAAUUUUGUCAGAGUAGUUUUACAGCCAAAAGUUCACUUGUUAGACAUUGUAGAAUGAGACAUAAAAUCAAACUGACUACAGAUGUUUCUGGUCCUGUCAGUGUAAAGGAAAAAAAGGAUGCAAGUCAUGAAGAUGAUACAAACAAUGAAACGGAAGGUAGUGGGGAUAAUGAUUCUGACUCGGCACCUUACUUUCCAUGCCAUGUCUGUGGCAAGACAUUCCUCACCUCAGAAAGUCUUGAGGAUCAUCAAAGGUGUCACCUCGGUGAGAAGCCCCAUGAAUGUGCUGAAUGUGGCAAAUGUUUUUUCCAAGCAGCACAAUUGCAGCAGCACCAGCGGAGCCACAAAUCUGAAUUUCAGUGUCAGACAUGUGGCAGAGGCUUCGUCUCACUCUUUGCUUUGCGGAAACACAAACAUACACAUGGAAGGAGACGCCCACACCGAUGCCCAAAAUGUCUACUCAGCUUCACAGGUCAUUUACAACUUGCAGAACACAUGGCCACCCAUCGCGAUGACAACUUUCCAUGUGACAUAUGUGACGAAACCUUUUCCUGUAGAACUAGCCGAGCUGAACACAGGAAAGUUCACACAGAGCCUGAGAGUGGUGCAUCUUUUGUAAUUCCACCAGAACAAACAACAAUACCCUCUACUCUUCGUAUGUCCUUUUCAGAAGUUGAAGACAUGAAGUAUCGCUGUGGAGUGUGCAGUGACCGUUUUAAAGACCCAGAACAGCUCUCGGAGCAUGGAUGCAUGGCUGCAACAGAGAGAUCAUAUUCAUGCCUACAAUGCAAUAAGCAUUUCCUGCAUGGAUCUCACCUAAAGAAACAUCAACUCAGCGUGCAUCAAUCACAGUCAUAUAUGUAUUUAUGUGAUCAGUGCCACAUGAGCUUUGCAUACCAUAAACAUUACCUCAACCAUUUAAAGAAACAUGCAACAGACAAUACAUUGAAAACGGUUGCAGAAAAGAUUUUCAAAUGCCCAAUUUGUCCCCUCAGUUUUGACCACGCAGUGGCACUCUCCAGUCAUCUCUCAAUACAUUCAAAGACGGUUCACAAAUGCAGAAUUUGCAAAUUGCCGUUUUCUUCCAAAAGCAAACUUGCCGAUCAUGAGCGAUGCCAUCUGACUGCAGCUACAGAAUAUGAAUGCACUGAAUGUGCCCAGACUUUUUUGGGAAGUGAUGCAUUUCGCCAGCAUCAAUGUUCUCGUCGUCAGCGCGCAGAUACAGACAGUGAACUUCCUCAUACCUCUACCAGUAAGUCCUCAGUCACUUUAAAACAAGCAGUUGAAGAAGAGGAGGUGGAUGUUGGUGAGGACUUCUUUAACUGCGUAGACUGCCCCGGUAGAUUUUCUUCCAAACCUACUCUGCUGGAGCAUCAAAGAAAACAUCAUCCAGUUUUGUUCAAGUGUGAACUUUGUGAGAAAACCUUUAAUCUUAAGAAGUAUCUGACCAAACACCAGCGCAGGCAUCAGAAGAAGAUGGAAAACAUGCAGAGUAAGGGAAGUCAAUUGAUGUGCUCUGUUUGUCCCAAAGUUCUACGUUCAACGCAGGACUUGCAAGUGCAUAUGAAAAUGCAUGCUGAACAGAAAAUUGGACCCCAUCGUUGUGAUAUGUGUUAUAAAUCAUUCGGUCACUUGUCUCUGCUGAGGGACCACCAGGAAAGUCACAUUGGCCAGGUCGUUUAUGAAUGCACCGAAUGUGACAAAGCAUUUGCUUUCCCAAAUCUCUUGGAUCAACACCAAAAGACUCACACUCUACCCAAUAUGUAGAUGUUUUCAGCCCUCCCGCAAAAUCUUUCCGCUGUUUUAAUUGCUUAACUAAUCAUACUGAUUGUUUUAUAUGACAUCCUAUGAGCCAAGUUGAUUGCAUUUAAGAAUGACAUGGUUCAAGAAUGUUUUGAUUAUUUGUUUCCAUCUUAAUGGAUUUGCUUUUGUUCUGGUAUGAUAUGUUGUGUAUCUAACCCUGUAAUCCCUGUUAAGAUCCUUAUUUACAUAGUUAUUGUGUAAGACACAAUCCAUGAGUGCAGUUUUCAUUGUCUUUUGUGAUUUCUGAAUGUUUGGUAAAAAAAUAUAUGGUAAUGAACAUGCCUACUUUGAGAGUAUACUUUGAGAUACCAUGAGACUAUCCAUUGUGGACAGCAGACAUGGUAGGCUACUCUUCCUUCCAUCAAAGUUGUUUGUGUAAAUAAUGUAAAUUGUAUUCUAAAUUUGUUGACCCAGAUAUUUACUGUGGAUUAUCACAUGCCUUAUCUUGUCCCAUUUCAUCGACUUUGGUGUUACUUUUAUGAAUAAUUAAAGAGCUUCAUCU